UGUGGUGGGUUUCUGCAGCCUCUUGGUAGAGGAUCUGGGAUCCACACUUCCAACACAUCUUCCAUCCUAUAUCUUGCACUGGAAUCUACCCCAAAUAUACUGCACACACCUGGAAACAGAGCCCUGGAUCUGAUCGGUCGGUUCGGACUCCCACAGACCUGCCUGUUUUGAGGCACAGGCCACCCCUUCCAACCUGGUGAGUCAGCACCCAGCCAGAAUCAACAGGACUUUUGCCCCUUGCCUGCUGCAAGGCUUACUCUGCUCUGGCUGAAGUCCCUCCAGGGUUCCAGAUCCCACCUGCCCAGAUAUCUGGCCAGCUCCCUGGCAGCAUGGGUGCUCUACGCCGGCAAGGGAUUAUCAUACUCACAUACGUGCUGACUGCCUCGGAGUUAACUUGUCUCUUCAUGCAAUUCUCUAUUUUACCAUAUCUGUCUCGGACACUGGGCCUAGAUUCUGUUGCCUUUGGCUACCUUCAGACAACCUUUGGAGUGCUUCAGCUGCUGGGUGGGCCUGUGUUUGGCAGGUUCGCAGACCAAUGCGGGGCACAGGCAGCACUCUCGCUCUCCUUCGUGGCAGCCUCGGCCCUGUACCUGCUCCUGGUGGCCUCCUGUAUCCCAUCCCUGCCUGGUGUCUUCCUGCUUUUUGCCUCACGCCUACCCACAGCACUCAUGCACACUCUUCCAGCUGCCCAGAUGGUCAUCACAGAUCUGACAGCUCCCGCAGAACGGCCUGCGGCCCUGGGUCGACUGGGUCUCUGCUUCGGCGUCGGAAUCAUCUUAGGCUCCCUGCUUGGCGGGACCCUUAGCACCACGUACGGGAUCCAGUGUCCUGCCAUCGUGGCUCUUGUGGUCACACUCCUAGGAGCUGUCCUCAGCUUUACCUGUGUCCCUGCUACCACCAAGGAGGCCGGUGUCCAGUCAGCCCAUCAGGGUGGAACCAAGGCCAGUGUGUUUGACCUGAAGGCCAUCACCCGCCUGCUGCUGCUGCCUAGUGUGCUGCCGGUAUUCCUGGUCAAGGUCAUCUCUGGCUUACCUUUAGGGCUCUUCUUGGUCAUGUUCUCCAUCAUCUCCAUGGACUUCUUCCAGCUAGAGGCUGCACAGGCUGGCUACCUCAUGUCCUUCUUCGGGGUCCUCCAGAUGGUGAUCCAAGGCGUGGUCAUUGGGAGACUGAGCACCCGUUUCCCAGAGGAAGUCCUGCUGCGAUCCAGUGUGCUGAUCUUUGCUGUUGUGGGACUGGGCAUGGCGCUGAUGUCCAAUGUUCUCCACUUCUGCUUUCUGAUGCCUGGCCUGGUAUUCAGUCUCUGUACCCUCAACGUGGUCACCGACAGCAUGCUGACCAAGGCUGUGUCUGCUUCAGACACAGGGACCAUGCUGGGCCUCGCUGCCUCUGUGCACCCACUGACUCGCACUAUAGGACCCACCCUGGGCGGCCUGUUGUACAGCAGCUAUGGUGUCUCCAUCUUUGGCCAGGUGCAGCUUGCAGUGAAUUUGCUUGUCCUAUUGGUCCUCUGGAGGAAGCCGUUGUCCCAGAAGAAAGGCAAAGCCCAGUGACCAUAUAGCCCAAUGACCUCACCCAGUCAGGCAAUAAACUUCCAAAUCUCUUCCUCCUAAA